AUGGCUCUAGAAAGGGUGCGCCCAAGAGAGCUUUGGGCAAUCCCGCAUCUGAGUGACUCGAGAUUUAGUGUAAGGACGGGGCUCCGCACCCCUCCGCCAUUACAACAAAAAGGUUUGAAUAAUCAACUAGUGGUUGAUUCGCUCAUAGUUACGCAUACUCUACCUAACCCUCUAGCAUCUUUCAAUGCCUUGGCUAUAAGGCCCCACACCAACCAUCGCAUUGUAGGGUACGCAGAGCGAUUCAAGGAGCUGGCCGCACAGUGGGCUUUGAUAACCGGAACAUUAGUAGUUAUCGCAAUAAUAGCUGUUAGAACAUGGAAUGGUGGCUUCCUUGGCGACGGAAAUCGUUCACGGGCGUAUGCAGAGUGA